CUCUCGAAGAUCUGACUAGCCAUGCUCCUCACAGAAAGGGAAUGCCCAUGCAAGCGCAUGGCGCCGCCCUCAAUUUGGCAAUGCCGCUCAUCGCCAUCAACCAAGGAGAUGAGGUAGGCGCCUCCUCCCAAAAUGCAAAAGCAUCCGCCUUUCCCGAGCUUUCUGGUCGUGAUCCCGGGCCAAGUCCCAUCAGCGGGCCAUACCAAUGCGACGCGCAGCAAGACAAAACCAGCCUUGACUAACGAGUCCGCCUUCCCUUGGUCCGGGCUGUGGAGCGUGAGGGGGAGUACGAGAAGGCAGCAGGAUUGCGUCGUCAGCUGCAUUUCGCGCUCGAGACCAUCGGGGGGCUUCUUGCCGCAAAGAUGACCGAAGAAUCGGCCCAUCUCGGCAUGACCGAGGCGCCUGAAUGUGGGACAGAAGCAACGUUGCACUGCGCGUCCGUGGCUGC